AUAAAGGCGAGCGCGGCGCUAUUGCGCUUCACAACGGGAACUCGUUUCGGCUCUUCUGCCAGUUGAACACAAGAAAUCGGUGUCGCAGUUGUUCCCUGCGCGUUCUCAAACCUAACCUGUUGAGCGUCAAUUUGCGCGUCCUCCGGACGAAGUUCAAUACUUGAAAGAAUAUUCUUUUGUGGCAGUUGUACAACAUCAAACACUACCAAAAUGGGUUGUGGAAUGGGAAUGAUAAAAUAUUUACUCUUCAUAUUUAACUUCAUCUUCGCGGUAUGUGGCAUAGGCAUCUUGGCCUGCGGUGUUUUGGUGCGUGUGCAGACAUCCUCUUUUAACUCUAAUGUAGAUAUCAACAUUUCGUUCCCAUCGAUAACGUUGAUAGUCCUCGGUAGCAUUAUAUUUAUAAUCUCGUUCUUUGGUUGCUGCGGUGCCAUUCGGGAAAGUCAUUGUAUGACUAUUACCUUCGCAUCGUUCCUCCUCUUCAUUUUGCUGAUACAAGUGGCUGUCGCAGUGUACGCCUUCGUCGUUAUUAAGGAUAGCGACAACGAGUCUAAAGUGAGAGAGGGUUACACAAAGAUAUUUGACCAAUACUACAAGUCUACAGACAGUGCGAAUGUCGUGGACAGUGUCCAGAGCGUUUUGAAAUGUUGUGGUGUUGACGGACCGGAUGAUUUCUAUAAAAUUAACAGUACCGCUCCCAUCCCUUGGAGUUGCUGCGGAAAACCGGAGAAUAGUAGUUGCACAAGGGGUGAAUCUUUCGAAACAGGUUGUAACAAGGAAAUAAUGUUGAUGCUCUCAUAUGUUGGAUCUAUUUUGGGUGGUGUUGCUAUUGGUAUUGCUGCAGUCGAGUUGAUCGGCAUCAUUUUCGCACUUUGCCUGGCGAAUGCCAUCAAGAACGCAGAACGCAGAGGUCACAGGGUGUAAAUGAGUGCAAAAGAAAGUAUAUAUUUAUAUCGCAUCAAGUGUAAUAUUAUUAAAUAACACUACUCUACCAUUCGCCAUUCUAUCUCAGAAUUUUGGUAGAUGUAAUGUAUUGUAAUGCAACAAAUCUAGAAAGUUGUACGAACGACAGGAUGUAGGAGCAAAUGAAACAUGAGAAAGUGCCUUUUAUUUUAAUUUUCGAACCAUUUUUUUAUGUUUGAACCUUAAUCUUUGUAUGUGAUAUUGAGUGUAUAAACAUAUCAAGUAAUGUAUUUUUUAUUUUGAUAUACUUUUCCAUUAAUUUGAA